CGCUAUUGUCCGAUUACCGUGUGCUGGCCUAUGACAUGGACAGCCAGACCCUUGCAACGUUCGACCGGCCGAGGGGAGGCGACAUCCGCCUCAUGAAGGCGGACGGCGGCACGAGCCUUGGCCUCGCUGCUGCGAAGGGCCUCAACCUGCACUUUUGGGUGCGUGAUGCCGCCGCCGCUGUGUGGUUGCCGCGUAGCAUGACUGAUCUGAGCGGGCUCAUCACCGGUCUAUCCAGCGCGCCGUUACCACAUACAGAUUCUCGUUUCGUUGUGGUGCCGCCGGUGAAGAUCAUUGGGGUUGCUGAGGAAGGUGAUGCACUGUUCCUAUGGACCAUGGUCGGUAUUUUCAUGAUUUGCCCCAACUCCAUGGUGUUCAGGAAGGUGCAUGAGGUUGCUGAGAACAUGGAGGUUGUGUACCCUUAUGCCGCCUUCUAUCUUCCGAGUGUUCUGGACGGGCCUGGAGAAGAAUAGCUUGAAGGGGAAGUUGCUUGCGGGAGCUCAUUUGUUGUUGUUGGUCGCUUUAGAAGUGUUGCAUCCAGGACAAGGCUGGGGGUUGACCAUCCGCGGGAUUGAACUCUUCUUUAUUUCUGUUGAAUUAUGACUAGUUAAGGCUGGAGUCUGUUUCCUUUUAUUUUGUGUUGUUCUGUAAUAUGGAGGCAAGACUUUGAAACCU